GCCUGAUACUUUUGAACUUGUCACAUUUCACAGUUUUGCGUUCUGUGAUCCACAUCUUCCACGCCUUUCCUUGAACUACUCGGAAAAGCAGGCGAGUUCGUUACAGGAGCAAUGGCAUCGAAUCAAAAGUCUGCCGACAUGGCUCCAGAAAUCCGUGAGCCCAGCUCCUCCGUCCCUCUCACAAGUGAUUUCGGCGCCAAGAGCACAAACCACGACAUCUGGCUUUCCGCCUCGACAGGUGAGCGCAAAGGUCCUGCUCUUCUAGAAGACAACUUUGGGCGGGAGAAGAUCAUGAAAUUCGACCAUGAACGUAUCCCAGAGCGAGUCGUGCAUGCACGUGGUGCUGGAGCCUUCGGCACGUUCAAGCUGUAUGAGAGUGCAGCAGACGUCACCAGUGCGGGUGUUCUCACGGAUACUUCUCGAACCACGCCCGUCUUCGUGCGCUUUUCGACCGUGUUGGGAUCCCGUGGGAGUGCGGAUACCGUGAGAGACGUUCGGGGAUUCGCAGUCAAGUUCUAUACUGAGGAGGGAAACUGGGAUAUUGUUGGGAACGAUAUCCCCGUUUUCUUCAUUCAGGACGCUAUGAAGUUUCCGGACGUUAUUCAUGCUGGGAAGCCGGAGCCGGAUAAAGAAGUCCCACAAGCUCAAUCCGCGCACAACAAUUUCUGGGACUUCCAAUUCCUGCACACGGAAGCGACGCAUAUGUUCAUGUGGGCCAUGUCUGACCGUGGAAUUCCACGAUCUUACCGCAUGAUGCAAGGAUUCGGCGUGAACACCUACACGCUGACCAAGAACGACGGCGGCGAGAGACACUUCGUCAAAUUCCACUUCACGCCCACACUCGGGGUCCAUUCUCUCGUCUGGGACGAAGCCCUGAAGCUCGCUGGCCAGGAUCCUGACUUCCACCGCAAAGACCUCUACACCGCGAUUGACAUGGGCGUCUACCCGACCUGGAAAUUCGGCAUCCAAAUUUGUCCCGAGAGCCGCCAAGACGAAUUCGACUUCGACAUCCUCGACGCCACGAAAGUCUGGCCAGAAGAAUUGCUUCCCGUCCGAUACAUCGGAGAGUUGCAACUCAACAAGAACGUCGACGAGUACUUCACGCAGACCGAACAAGCUGCCUUCUGCACCGCACAUGUCGUUCCCGGUAUCGGGUUCUCGGAUGAUCCGCUCUUACAGGGGAGGAACUUCUCCUACUUCGAUACUCAGCUCUCGCGCCUCGGCGUCAACUGGCAAGAGCUGCCUGUAAACCGGCCCGUCUGCCCCGUCAUGAACAAUCACCGCGACGGGCAGCUCCAGCACAAGAUAACCAGGGGUUCCAUCAACUACUGGCCGAACCGGAAAUCCGUGAUCCCACCAGCCAAGCCAGAAGAAGGCGGCUACCUCGACUACCCCGAGAAAGUCGUUGCAAUGAAGCAACGUCUGCAUUCGGUGAAGUUCUCGGAGCAUUUCUCACAAGCACAACUCUUUUGGAAUAGCAUGAGUGAGAUUGAGAAAAGCCAUAUAAUUGCCGCGCUGGGCUUUGAGCUCGAUCAUUGUGACGACCCGGUUGUAUAUGAAAGGAUGGUGACUCGGCUCUGCGAUAUCUCACUGGAGCUCGCUCAAGCUGUUGCCGAGAAAGCCGGCUCUCCGACACCUACGAAGACUGCCAAUGAAAAUCACGGCUUGACUGCCAAGGGCCUCUCGCAGCUCGAUUUUACCCCUGAAGCCAUGGGUCUUCCUGCCACUAUCGCGAGCCGCAUGAUUGCGAUCAUCAUAGGCGAUGGUUUCAACUUUGCUGAGUACGAGGCUGUGAAAGCUGCAUUGAGCGCGGCGGGUGCGUUCGUGUUUACCAUUGGGCCCAAGAGACAGCCAGUCAAGUCCUCGACCGGUCAGAGCGUGGCUCCAGAUCAUCAUUUCGAGGGGAUGCGGAGCACGAUGUUUGAUUCUCUCUACAUACCAGGCGGAGAACAUGUCGCUUCUCUAAUGAAGGAGGGACGAGUGAUCCACUGGGUGAGAGAGGCGUUUGGACAUUGCAAGGCUAUCGGUGCCACCGGGGAAGGAGUGGCACUUGUGAAGAUGGCAUGCGAAAUUGAGGGAAUGACCUUCAGUGCUGGGGCCAGUGGAGAGGUCGUGGAUAGUUAUGGUGUUGUUACUGCUGCGGGGAUAGGAACGCCGGCUGGAAUUACGGAGGGAUUGAGGAUGGUGAAGGGGGCAAAGACGUUCUUGGAAGCUUACGCCUUUAAUAUUUCCCAGCAUCGAAAUUUCAAGCGUGAGCUGGACGGAUUAACGAGUAUGGUUGCUUACUAGCCGGACUGCUUGGAAUCUUGCCAAAGAAAUAAUCAAUGUUAAGCUUAUGUUAAAAACUAAUCGCGAGGAGUUUGGAGAAGCAAUUAAAUAGAAAAAUUUACGAAAGACCUAGAUUUUAGUAAAGUUAUAUACGCAAACCGA